UCGCUCCAGAUCUCAACUGGUGAUGGAAGGUUUCAUUUUUAUCUUAUUUUACGGCAUCGUAAAAUUGUAAACAAUAUUACCCUGUUGUAUUCUAUUACGCCUCCUGUUCUUUUCGUCAUCUCAUUAGUUGAACCAGAACGUUCGUCUCAGACUGUCCUGGUCAAGUCUUGGUGGCAAGCAUCAUGUCACGUGGGUCGAUCGAUCAGUUUGAGACAAAAGUACCCGAUUUCUGGGAGGCACUGUCGUGCUCACGCUCAGCAUCGUAUGUUACAUACUUAUGCAUCCGUUCGCCUUGGGAAUGCCCCCCACGCUUAGGUGUCGUCGUUGAAGAAAACCAUGACUGCGUCGUCGACGAGCCAGUACUCCUCGUUGCUUUCAUCGACGUUAUCAUCCGCUCCCACCUCGACCUCAAGUUCGACAAGCAAUGGAGACACGUCGUAUAGCGGUUCUCUACUCUUUGGCUUUCUUGUCAGUAUCUUGUCAAUCUUCGGCUUGUUCAUGAUUAGUGGACUCGUAUGGCAUCGUCUGGUCAUACGGCGCCAGGCGAUCGAUGAGAUGUUGCAGGUUGACAUCCCCUCGCAGAGGAGGCAUAUGCGGAAGCCUCCACUGUGGGAUGUAUGGGCUUCGCUGGGUCAGGGCUGUUUACAAUGGAGGGACACCCAGCCGCUGGCAACGGAAAAGUACGACAUGCCAUUGCCACCGCCGCCGCACAGCCAAACGCCGAGACCUUCUUUCUGGAAACGUCAAGUUAUCGGCCGCAUACCACCUGAGAUAACCUAUCUCUUUUCUCCUCCCACCUUACCCGAAGUGAUUGUUCCCCCACUUUUGAAUCAUUCAAGGGUAGAGCUCCCGGUGGAUCAAUCUCUCCUUCAGGUUUCGGUCUUGAUAGCCAUGCCGCGACCGCCAGACCUGUUUUCACCUUCGUCGAAAGGUGUGGGAUUGAAGAAGCACGGAUCAUUGUAUGAGAUCGUUAUUGGGACAUCGAACGUGUACUAUCAUGACUUGGACUCGCAGUAGCCGUGGCGCUUGUUCUGAUUUUUACGACUGCUACGUGUCUCGUGCUAUCUUUCUACUUUGACGUGCCUUACAAGGGUGUAUUAAUUGUUGCACCAUUAUAGUCUUGGACUCUUUGCUAUUCUGGACUGUGUUUUGUCCACUUUGCAAUGCUUGAAAUAUGAGGCGCAAAUGCUAGCCAUUCGUUCGCACAGUUACAUGGGUCGAUGUUGAGCUAUCACUGUCGAGCGUCUUUCAAGGGUAAUCACAUGGUCUUUUUUUGAUCUGACAACUUUGAUGCCUUGUGUUUACGUCCUCAUCAGCUGGAGCAUACAGCAA